AGAGUAUAUAUAAACAGGAGGAUUUCUUCCCUCUUUACGUCCUUUGGUCUCAUCUCGUACUUCGAUAAUGCAGAUCUUCGUGAAAACUUUGACUGGUAAGACGAUUACUCUGGAAGUUGAACCGAGUGACACGAUUGAGAAUGUGAAGGCCAAGAUCCAAGAUAAAGAGGGAAUCCCUCCUGACCAACAACGUUUGAUCUUUGCUGGGAAGCAGCUGGAAGAUGGUCGUACGCUAUCUGAUUACAAUAUCCAAAAAGAGUCGACCCUUCACUUGGUACUACGUCUUCGUGGUGGUAUGCAAAUCUUCGUGAAAACUUUGACUGGUAAGACGAUUACUCUGGAAGUUGAACCGAGUGACACGAUUGAGAAUGUGAAGGCCAAGAUCCAAGAUAAAGAGGGAAUCCCUCCUGACCAACAACGUUUGAUCUUUGCUGGGAAGCAGCUGGAAGAUGGUCGUACGUUAUCUGAUUACAAUAUCCAAAAAGAGUCGACCCUUCACUUGGUACUACGUCUUCGUGGUGGUAUGCAAAUCUUCGUGAAAACUUUGACUGGUAAGACGAUUACUCUGGAAGUUGAACCGAGUGACACGAUUGAGAAUGUGAAGGCCAAAAUCCAAGAUAAAGAGGGAAUUCCUCCCGACCAACAACGUUUGAUCUUUGCUGGAAAGCAGUUGGAAGAUGGUCGUACGUUAUCUGAUUACAAUAUCCAAAAAGAGUCGACCCUUCACUUGGUACUACGUCUUCGUGGUGGUAUGCAAAUCUUCGUGAAAACUUUGACUGGUAAGACGAUUACUCUGGAAGUUGAACCGAGUGACACGAUUGAGAAUGUGAAGGCCAAGAUCCAAGAUAAAGAGGGAAUCCCUCCUGACCAACAACGUUUGAUCUUUGCUGGGAAGCAGCUGGAAGAUGGUCGUACGCUAUCUGAUUACAAUAUCCAAAAAGAGUCGACCCUUCACUUGGUACUACGUCUUCGUGGUGGUAUGCAAAUCUUCGUGAAAACUUUGACUGGUAAGACGAUUACUCUGGAAGUUGAACCGAGUGACACGAUUGAGAAUGUGAAGGCCAAGAUCCAAGAUAAAGAGGGAAUUCCUCCCGACCAACAACGUUUGAUCUUUGCUGGAAAGCAGUUGGAAGAUGGUCGUACGUUAUCUGAUUACAAUAUCCAAAAAGAGUCGACCCUUCACUUGGUACUGCGUCUUCGUGGAGGUUAA